AAAAGCUGAAGCCUCCCCUUCCCGCCCGUUAACGUCACCGACGCACUGCCCGCGGGCCGCGUGACGUCAGCCGGCGUCGACGCCGCCCGUCCGUUAAGCUGAGGGAGGGGGAAAUCCGGGGCAGAAGGAGGGAAGGAGGGAGGGGAAGCGGCCACCCGGCGGGCGGGGGGAGGGGAAGGGGGUGGGCGGAGAAAGAUGGCGGACCAAAUCCCUCUGCACCCGGUGCCGCGCAGCACCCAACGAAGGGCGGCGUAUUACACCAACGCCUCCGCCGCGCAGAGGCACAGCAGGUACCAAGUAGAAGACGAGUCAUCGCAUUUGGAUGAAAUGCCCCUAAUGAUGUCUGAAGAAGGGUUUGAAAACGAUGAAAGCGAUUACCAUACUUUGCCAAGGGCCAGAAUUUUUCAGAGAAAACGAGGUUUAGAAUGGUUUGUCUGCGGUGGAUGGAAAUUUCUUUGUACCAGUUGCUGUGAUUGGCUCAUAAACAUUUGUCGGAGAAAGAAAGAACUCAAAGCACGCACAGUAUGGCUUGGAUGUCCUGAAAAAUGUGAAGAAAAAUAUCCAAGAAAUGCUAUAAAAAAUCAAAAAUACAAUAUCUUUACAUUUAUACCUGGGGUUUUAUAUGAACAAUUCAAGUUUUUCUUGAAUCUUUAUUUUCUCGUAGUCUCCUGCUCACAGUUCGUACCAGCGCUGAAAAUAGGCUACCUCUACACCUAUUGGGCUCCUCUGGGAUUUGUUUUGGCUGUCACAGUGCUACGAGAGGCAGUUGAUGAAUUUCGUCGUUACCAACGAGACAAGGAAAUGAACUCUCAAUUAUAUAGCAAGCUUACAAUAAGAGGUAAAGUGCAAGUUAAAAGCUCAGACAUUCAAGUUGGCGAUCUCAUCAUAGUGGAAAAGAAUCAGCGAAUUCCAUCUGACAUGGUGUUUCUGAGAACUUCAGAAAAAACAGGUUCAUGUUUUAUCCGAACUGAUCAGCUAGAUGGUGAAACAGACUGGAAACUAAAAGUUGCUGUCAGUUGCACACAGAGAUUACCAGCUUUAGGGGAUCUUUUUUCAAUCAAUGCAUAUGUUUAUGCUCAGAAGCCACAAAUGGAUAUUCACAGCUUUGAAGGUACCUUUACACGGGAAGACAGUGACCCAACAGUUCAUGAAAGCCUAAGCAUAGAAAAUACAUUAUGGGCAAGCACAGUUGUUGCCUCAGGAACAGUAAUUGGUGUUGUUAUUUAUACUGGAAAAGAGACUCGAAGUGUAAUCAACACCUCCAAUCCAAAGAAUAAGGUUGGCCUGCUGGAUCUUGAACUGAAUCAACUGACCAAAGCACUGUUCUUGGCUUUAGUUGCACUUUCCAUUGUUAUGGUAACCUUGCAAGGAUUUGUGGGACCAUGGUACCGCAACCUUUUUCGAUUUCUUCUUCUUUUUUCCUACAUAAUCCCUAUCAGUUUACGUGUGAACCUAGACAUGGGCAAAGCAGCCUAUGGAUGGAUGAUUAUGAAAGAUGACAAUAUACCUGGAACAGUUGUCCGAACGAGCACCAUACCUGAAGAACUAGGUCGUCUGGUGUAUCUACUGACUGAUAAAACAGGUACACUUACCCAGAAUGAGAUGAUAUUUAAACGCCUCCAUCUCGGCACUGUGUCAUAUGGAACAGAUACAAUGGAUGAAAUUCAGAAUCAUAUUAUCAAUUCCUAUUCCCAGGCGCACUCCCAGUCAAGUGGAAAUGGUACAAGCUCAACACCUUCCAGAAAGAUGCAGUCUUCUGCACCAAAAGUUCGCAAAACUGUCAGCAGUCGAAUACACGAAGCAGUAAAAGCUAUUGCGUUGUGUCACAACGUUACACCUGUAUAUGAAUCCCGAGCAGGAGUGACUGGAGAAACAGAAUAUGCUGAGGUAGAUCAGGACUUCAGUGAUGAAAACAGAACUUACCAAGCUUCUAGCCCUGACGAGGUAGCUCUGGUACAAUGGACAGAAAGUGUUGGUCUUACUUUGGUGAGCAGGGAUUUAACUUCAAUGCAGCUGAAAACCCCCAGUGGACAGAUUCUGACAUACUAUAUUCUGCAAAUUUUCCCUUUUACAUCUGAAAGCAAACGAAUGGGAAUCAUAGUGAGAGAUGAAUCUACAGGUGAAAUUACGUUUUACAUGAAAGGUGCAGAUGUUGCAAUGUCCUCCAUUGUUCAGUAUAAUGACUGGCUAGAAGAGGAGUGUGGUAACAUGGCAAGAGAAGGACUACGCACUCUGGUUGUUGCCAAAAAAUCAUUAACCGAAGAACAGUAUCAGGAUUUUGAGAAUCGAUACAACCAAGCAAAAUUAAGUAUACAUGACAGAACCCUCAAGGUGGCCGCUGUUGUGGAGAGUUUAGAAAGAGAAAUGGAAUUACUGUGUCUCACUGGAGUUGAAGAUCAACUACAGGCUGAUGUCAGGCCAACUCUGGAGAUGCUUCGAAAUGCUGGAAUAAAGAUAUGGAUGUUAACAGGAGAUAAAUUGGAGACAGCUACUUGUAUUGCAAAAAGCUCUCACCUAGUAUCCAGAGCACAAGAUAUUCAUAUUUUCAGACCUGUUACAAGUCGUGGAGAGGCUCAUUUGGAGCUAAAUGCAUUCAGAAGGAAACAUGACUGUGCAUUGGUAAUAUCUGGGGACUCUCUGGAGGUCUGCUUGAAAUACUAUGAGCAUGAAUUUGUGGAACUAGCUUGUCAGUGUCCAGCUGUAGUAUGCUGCCGAUGUUCACCCACCCAAAAGGCCCACAUAGUAAAAUUGUUGCAACACCACACAGGAAAACGUACUUGUGCAAUAGGUGAUGGAGGAAAUGAUGUCAAUAUGAUCCAAGCAGCAGACUGUGGAAUUGGAAUUGAAGGAAAGGAGGGGAAACAAGCUUCUUUGGCUGCUGAUUUUUCAAUUACACAAUUUAAACACAUUGGCCGGCUGCUGAUGGUACAUGGUCGAAAUAGUUACAAAAGAUCUGCAGCACUUGGUCAAUUUGUCAUGCACAGAGGCCUUAUUAUUUCAACUAUGCAGGCUGUGUUUUCUUCAGUCUUCUAUUUUGCAUCUGUUCCUUUAUACCAAGGUUUCCUCAUGGUAGGGUAUGCAACCAUAUACACGAUGUUCCCAGUUUUCUCCUUAGUGCUGGAUCAGGAUGUGAAACCGGAAACGGCACUCCUUUAUCCAGAACUUUAUAAAGACCUUACUAAGGGAAGAUCUUUGUCAUUUAAGACUUUCCUCAUCUGGGUUUUAAUCAGUAUUUACCAAGGUGGCAUUCUGAUGUACGGAGCUCUUUUGCUUUUCGAAUCUGAAUUUGUCCAUGUUGUUGCCAUUUCUUUCACUGCACUAAUCCUGACUGAGCUCUUGAUGGUUGCACUUACCAUACGAACAUGGCAUUGGUUAAUGGUGGUGGCUGAAAUCUUCAGCCUUUGCUGUUACGUGGCCUCGCUUGCAUUUCUAAAUGAAUAUUUUGAUCUUGCCUUUAUCACAACUGUGACCUUCCUGUGGAAAGUGUCAGCCAUCACUGUAGUAAGCUGUCUUCCACUUUAUAUUCUGAAGUACUUAAAACGUAAAUUUUCUCCUCCAAGUUACUCCAAACUUACCUCGUAAAAAUGACUGCACACCUGUGUUUUUUUCCCACCAAUGUGACUAUACCUAGAAAUUGCUUCAAGCAUUCACACUCUACUUCAGUCUGUAACAGAGAGAAGAAAAACAUUACCUAACCAGAAAAAUGGAGCAAACGGCACAAAAAAAGAUGGGGAACCUCUUCAAGGUGUAACAGUGAGCUUAUUAGCAGAACUGUUCAGAAGAAACAUAUUUCCUUUUGUACACAGCUUUUUUAAACUGAGUUAACAGUGCUUCUGAAUUAUUUAAUUGCUACUGUAAAGGAUUUAUUCCUACUGCACUAUUUUUCUGCACAUGAAACGGAAAACAUUUUUUCCUAUAAGCUCAUAAUUUACUGAUAGACACAUUCUUUCAUCGGAAUAUUCAUGUGUAACAAGCCUAGAAACUGUAAAUGCGAUUGUCUGUAUUUGCUGCUCUAUGUAACCGAUAUAUGCACUAUAUGAAUUAUGUAAACUGUCUGCGUAGCACAGUAUUUGUUUGGGAUCUGUGGUCCUUUUUUCCUCCCUUGUACUCUCCAUUGCUAGCUGCAUUAAGAAAUCCGUGUCAUAGAUAGCAGCCUUUCAAUUGCAAAUGGAGGCCACAUUGCACAAAACGUGAUGGAAAUGAAUUCCUGUACAUAUUUACAUUAUACCUACUGAUCUGUACAGAUUGACCUAGACUUUACUAUUCAGUAAAUGUUUUAUAAACUCCUAGCUGCUUUGUAUUUGUAAAGCUAUACUCCAGAAGCAUAAGCGCAUUACUGAACACUUCAUAUACAACAUAUAUAGAAAUUAACCUUGAAUGGAAAAAAAAUCCACCAACAAUGAGUUCUGUGCAGCUUUCGUCGUUUUAGUGGGGAUUUUGCUCAAGGCCCAUGGGAAAUGGUUAUGUAGCAACCAUGCUUAAUGGAUCAUUCCCAAACAGUCUGUUCUGGGUGCAGGAGUUUCUGUGUCUAUGCACAACUCCUCUUCCUGGAAUGUUUCCCCCAUUAAUUUCAGUAGAUGGAACUGAUCCACAUACAUGGUUCCUCUUUGUACAUGUGUAUUGACUUUCUGUUUGAAUUAAUGAGGGUCUCUGCACAAACUUCCUUUGAGCAUAGACUGUACAUGGAACUCUUGAGUCUGGCAAGUACAUGCACAUUGUAAUUGUUUUCUUAAGGUUACUCAGGUAAAAGGGGUAAAAUGGACAACAUAAUAAUAGCAGAAAAUCUAUCAUCUUCCAAAACUUAAUCUUUAUAUUUCUGAGUUAGUUACAACAAAGAAAAGAACACAAUUUAAUUGGAUGUAAUCUUGAUGGAUAUUUGUCUGAAUCUUAUGUACUGUAUUAUUAUGCAGGAUAUUUUUUCUCCUCAGUGCUGUUUCGUUUUUUAAGAAAUGUACUAGGUUAUUUAGCUUAGUCAAGUACCAGCUGAAAGAAUAAAUAUAAUUUACCCAUGCUUCUUUACUAAAAAUAAUAGUUUAUUUGUAUGUUUUAAGCAAUUGAUAAUUGUAUUUUGUAUCACAUUGUUUUGUUAGACUCUCUCGCAACUCCUUUUAUAGUUACUUAGAACCAUCAUCUUAUGCCCUUCUUAUUUUAUAAUGAUGCUAAUCUUGGACACCUCCACAGACAGACUGUUGCCAAGCUAGUUGAGCUACAAUCCAACUCCAUUUGUUUUGAAGAUGUUUUAAUAGCAACUGAUCCUUGCUUCUUUUUUAAAUAAAAAAAACUUUUUUUUUCAUUAUAAAAGCAAUAAAACCUCAUUUCUACCAAAUAUUCUUAUUGAAAGUUUGUAAAAUAAACUUGUUUGGUAGUGUU